AUAACGCACAAUGCUUGCUCGUAUUUCACUCUCCACCGCUCGCCGCCUCCCGGCUUCUACUGUUGUUCUGGGCAGCAGGUUCAUGUCCAACGUCCGCAGCGACGGCAGUGUCGCAUCCUCCAAGGAGUUCGGCAAGCGCGAGGCCGCCCAAGAAACCGAGUACGUCCGCAAGCACGAAGCCGAGCUCCUACGCAAGCUCAAGUCCGAGAUCGAGGCCAAGAAGGCCGAGCUCGCCGCUCUCGAGCUGCAACACGCCGAGACUGAGAAGAAGAAGGAGCAGUAGAUUCUGCACCGACUGCGUCCCCACGCCCCGCUCAAGGAAUUCCAAACUCUUUUGAACGAUGAGCCACGGAACUAUAAAUUGUUGAUUUUGCAUUGUGUUCGCCCUCAAGUAAUGCUCCUUGCCAGUCAGCACCCUCUUA